GCUCAGAGAUCCGCUCGGUACGAGGUUUCGUGAACUCACCGACGCGCCCGACAUUCGGAUUCUUGGGUUGUCUGGUUCGACUUCCGAGAUUCCGUUUUCGGUUGCCUCGGCCGAGUUCAACUCGGCAACUGCGCACCGUUUCUUGCCCGACGAAAACAGCAACAACAACGCCUCCUCCACCCCCCGCCCCGCGCACUGUUAAUAAAACCCCCCAAAACCCUAGCGCCCUCCUCUGUUUCUCUCUCCCCUCUCCUCUCUCUCUCGGGCGUGUAGGGUUUUAGUGCGGAGAUUUGGCCUCUCGCGAGCAGCGGAGGAGGCGGGACGCGAGCGAUGGUGGGGGACAAGGGGAAGAAGGUCAGAGGGGACGACGAGAAUUCGGAGCAGAUCGAUGGGGAGCUCGUUGUUUCCAUCGAGAAGCUCCAAGAAAUCCAGGAUGAGCUCGAGAAGAUCAAUGAGGAGGCCAGUGACAAAGUUUUGGAGAUAGACCAGAAGUAUAACGAGAUACGCAAGCCAGUAUAUGAUAAGCGCAAUGAGAUCAUACAGUCGAUCCCUGAUUUCUGGCUGACAGCUUUCCUUAGUCAUCCUAUGCUUGGUGAACUUUUGACGGAUGAGGAUCAAAAGAUAUUUAAGUACCUCGAUUCCCUGGAAGUGGAGGAUUCGAAGGAUGUUAAAUCGGGAUAUUCCAUCACCUUUAACUUCCGGCCAAAUCCUUUCUUUGAAGAUUCGAAGCUUACAAAGACUUACACUUUUCUCGACGAAGGAACUAAAAUAACUGCCACGUCAAUUAAGUGGAAAGAAGGCAUGGGGUUGCCAAAUGGAGUCGCACGUGAGAAGAAAGGGAACAAAAGACCUUUGUCAGAUGAAAGCUUCUUCCAUUGGUUCAGUGAUGAUCAGCAUAAAGAAGUUAUCGAUGAAAUCCAUGAUGAGAUUGCAGACAUUAUUAAGGAGGAUUUGUGGGCGAAUCCUCUUACUUAUUUUAACAAUGAUGCUGAUGAAGAUGAUGAAGAGGGAAAAGAUGAUGGCUCAGAUGAUGAUGAGGAAGAUGAUGACGACAAUGACGAAGAAGACAGUGAUGAGGAAGAUGGCCAGUGAACUCUUCUGAGGGCCUGUACUUCUUGAAUACUAGUGUCCAGAUAUGUAUAGAGGGGUCUUAAAAUCAUGCUGAAUUUGACAGGGAAGAAGAAAAAUACAUGCAUCUCUUUAAUGUUAGGGCACGCUAUUGUGCUCCAAUAUCUGUUAUGCACAAGAGUCUACUGGUAUUCUUAGUUGAGACUUUGUGGUUCUCUUUCAACCCUUUGGUUUUUCGACCUUUUCUUUGAUAGGCUAGCACUAUUAAGUCCCUGAACCAUCAUCGUGGAGGUGAUGAUGUUAUGUCGGCAACUAUAUUUGACUAUACUAGGGAGGAGCGAGAGAUUCUGAGAUGAAUGUAAAGAUGUUCUGACAGCCAAACAUUAUAUGCGCAGAAUAUUUGGUUCAA